AUGAACGGGGCAGAAACACGGAUAUACGGUGAAUUGCAUACGACGGGCCAGCUCCCCACGCCUUCCUCGACGCCCGAACCGGACGAUGUGGCACCUCCGAGGGGCCGCCGCGCCCAUGAAGCCAAAAGCGAGGAACCGCUGCAGAACAUGACGAAUGGCGCCAAAGCCGAGCCAAACAGCGCAAUCAGCUCCAGUGCGCCGAGCAGGAGGCCCAGCGUGCACGAAGAGGCCAUUCUCUCCGACACCAGCGAGAAGAUACGGCCUAUCAAGCGGCCUGGAGACGGGCGGCGGAGGAGCAGCGUUUCCGAGCACGAGAAGAUUCUCAAACUCAGUCCCCGCCAGAUCCAGGAACUCACGAGCGAGCCUGCGAGCAUUCCCAUCCGAGCAGCCACGCCGAUUCUCGAAGACGAGCUGGAAGACGCCACGCCGCUGGAAGAUGGCGAUGGCCAGGGCAGCAACAAGCUCUUGGGCGUCGUGCUGGAGCGGCCGGUGGAGCUCAAUGGUGAAUCGAGGAGAGAGAAGGAAGUCGUCCUGAUCAAGACACCUGCAACCGAAUUGCGCAACGGCCGCCCGGUGCUUUCCUCACGAUCCGUCACUACGCCCUCGCUCCCACGAAGGACCACGUCAAGGUCGCGAUCACGCACACACAACCAGACACAAGAGACAGAGGACCGGAGACAUAGCAGGCAUAUCCCUCCGCCGUUGAGUCUGGACCACAGAGAUGGCACGUCCAAGGGCCACGACAGACACAAGGAGACACGCGAGAUACGUGAGCAGGUCUCUCCGACACCAAUCGCUCUCCCGUUGCCGCCAAUGUCGAUGCCUACCUUUCUUUCCCUAGAACUCUCCGCCAGCCGUCCCUCUCCAUUGUACAUAUACCGGCCCGCGACGACAGACUUUCCCUACGAAACAUCCGAGAUAAAGUACGAGCGCUUGCUCAACUUCCUAAGGAUACCACUGAAGAUCGAGGGCAUACUUGGAUUUGGAGCGCUGGCUUGUCUGGAUGCAUGGAUGCACGUCUUGACAAUUCUGCCCCUUCGCUUUCUGCUCGCCAUUGCCAUUUUGGUCAAAUGGUGGGGCUCAGUCAUUGUGAAAGAGUUUCGCCAUCUCUGGGCUUUUGUCUACGACGGUCUUCCUCGCCUUUGGCAGCGCAGGAAGCAGACCGAUGGCCCUACGCCUUUACCAACACCUGCUGAGGAGGUGCCUCCGUCCAUGUCGCGGAAGCCAUCAUCUUCUACCGUUCCCUCGGCCAAUAUGACGGCCAGGCAGAAUCCUCAGAUGUCGACGACAUUCAAGUUUCCAGACAUGAACGAGCUCAGGGCGCGCCGGCCUCGAAACUCCCGAUUCCGUCACCGCCGUACCAAGUCCACGCCUUCUACACUACAACCCAGCCACAAAGCAGACAUACUGAAAGGUCUACUGGUCAUUGCCAGCUGCUUCGUCUUGAUGCGCUUCGACGCGAGUCGCAUGUAUCAUGGCAUUCGUGGACAGUCAGCUAUCAAGCUGUACGUCAUCUACAACGUCCUCGAGGUCUGUGAUCGCCUGCUCUCAGCCGUCGGUCAAGAUGUGCUGGAAUGCCUCUUUUCUCGCGAGACGCUGGACCGUAAUCCCGACGGCAGAAGCAAGGUCCUCCGUCCAUUUGGAAUGUUCGCACUUGCACUGGUAUACACCGUCGCCCACGCUACAGCGCUGUUCUACCAAGUGAUAACGCUGAACGUGGCCGUCAACUCCUAUUCCAACGCACUACUGACGCUCUUGAUGUCCAACCAAUUCGUCGAAAUCAAGGGCACGGUGUUCAAGAAAUUUGAGAAGGAGAACCUUUUCCAGAUUACCUGCGCAGAUAUCGUAGAGCGUUUCCAGCUCUGGCUCAUGCUUCUCAUCAUUGCAAUGCGCAACGUUGUCGAAGUAGGUGGCUUGAGUAUCCAAAGCAGCGACACCUCUUGGACAGCCAUGUUCACUGGAUCUGCCAACUCGUCUUCUGCGACCGCGUUCAAGGCUACGAGUAUCAUACCUAUGAGCUUUACUAUCUUCCCAAAGUACAUUGCACAGGUACUCAACCCGUUCCUGCUGGUGUUGGGUAGCGAGAUGUUUGUCGAUUGGCUGAAGCAUGCGUACAUUACCAAGUUCAAUCAGUACAAGCCAGAGGUGUAUAGCAAGUUCUUUGACGUUCUGGCAAAGGACUACUAUUCUAAUGCUUUUGCUGACGCGGACUUGACACGACGUCUUGGUCUGCCAGUUAUACCACUGUCAUGCCUCUUCAUACGUGCUGCCAUCCAAACCUACCACAUGUUCAUUGCGAUGCACAUGCCGCCCCCCCUCCACACCACAUCAACAUCCCUCUCUUCGGACCCGACAUCCUCCCCCACAACGACCGCAGCACUAGCCCACAUCGACCACGUCUUCCGCCGCGCCCUAGGUCGCUCCUCCUUCGGUGCCGGCAUCCCCUCCCAAGCCUGGUACAACCCCCUCUCCUACACCCUCGACGACCUCAUCGCCGGCUCAACCAUGCUCAUCGUCUUCCUCGUCGGCUACCUCAUCUUCCUCGCUUUCAAACUCAUUCUCGGCAUGCUCCUCCUAUCCGUCAGCCGCAAACGAUACCACGGUAUGCAGGAACGAGAGAAGAUGAAUGUGGAGACAGGGGGUAAGAGAAUCGGGGGAUGGGGCGUUGUGGAUGUAGACGAGGAGAAGAGGAAGGUGAUUUACGAUGAUGAUCCUGAGACGCUGAAGAGACUGAGGGAGAGGGAUGAAAAGGGCAGGAAGAAGGAGCAGGAGGAAAGGGAGAGAGGGACGAGCUUUGGGCAUAUGACCAACCAACCCAAUCCCCCACAAAAGCCCUUCAUGGAGCAACUAGCCCUACGCCAAACCGGCGAAAACGAAUUCGAAAUGAUCAACUUCCCUCAGAAAAUGGGCAAUCCACUAGACAUUGCCUACGGCGGCUACACCAUCGCCGUAGCCUGCAAAGCAGCCUGUCUCACCGUACCAGAUGGCUACAACCUCUACUCCCUCCAAGGGAACUACCUAGGCCCUGCAUACACCGACCGACCUCUCCGAGCCAGCGUACGAGUAGUACGCCAAACCCGCACCUUUGCAACGCGCCAAGUCGAAGUAAGCCAAACGACCACUCCCAAAGAAGGCCAGAAAGAAGAAAGCAGAAUAUGUCUCCUCGCAACCGCCGAUUUCAUCAUCAGCUCACCCACGUCCCUCCUAUCCUACUCCCAAACACACACCCACCCCGACUGGCGCGACUGUCCUACACCGGAGGCGGCCUUCACCGCGCUCGUGGAGAAAGGCACGGUCCCAUUAAAGCUGAAGCAAGCCCACGAAAAGGGCUUCAAUCUAAUCUCGCACUUCUACGACCAACGCCUCGUCCCCGACAGCGUCUUCACCCAGAACCUCUACGGCAUCGCCGCCUCAGCACCGCACACCCAAGACACCCUCCCUCCAUCGGAGCGCAGCACCGCGGACUGGAUCCGCAGCAAAGAACAUCUCCCUACUGCUACCGACAACAUGACUUCCCUGACCUUUCUCAUGGAUCUAGGCAUUGCAUUCUUACCCCUCUCGUUCAAUCAUAUGUGGUUUGGGGACGCGAGUGCGGUGUCUAGUUUGGAUUUCUCCUUAAGGUUGUUUGUGGAUACGGAGGAGUUGAAAUUGGAUGAGGGGUGGUUGCUGAGGGAGUUGAGGUGUAAGGUUGCGGGGGAGGGCAGGAGUUUUGGCGAGGGUUGGGUUUGGGAUGAGGGGGGGAGGUGUGUGGCGCAUAUGACGCAGCAGUGUAUUUUGAGGCCGCUGGCGAAGAAGAAGGGGGAGGGGAAGGAGAAGUUGUGA